AUUUAAUCAGAAACAAAAUGGACAUCUUUUGGUGAAUAGUACGUACCGCGUGAGUGAAACAAUUUUAGUAUUUUUAAUAUAUAAAAAAAGAAUACUAUCCGUCAUUUUGUCUGAAUUAAUAAAUUCAACAAAAUGAACGCCUUUCCGGGUUCUAUCGCAUUCGAUGAAUACGGUAAACCCUAUAUUAUACUGCGAGAUCAAUUCCAACAGAAGCGAUUGACCGGUAACGAUGCAAUCAAGUCACACAUUAUGGCUGCGAGUCAAAUCGCCAACAUUCUCAAGUCAUCAUUGGGACCAAAGGGUUUGGAUAAAUUGAUGGUGAGUCCCGAUGGGGAUGUGACCGUGACAAAUGAUGGCGCAACGAUUCUCAAAAAUAUGGACGUCGAUCAUGAAAUAGCGAAACUCAUGGUUCAAUUGUCUCAAUCUCAGGACGAUGAGAUUGGCGAUGGAACAACUGGAGUUGUCGUUUUAGCUGGCGCUCUCAUGGAGCAAGCUCAGAAAUUACUCGACAAGGGUAUUCAUCCAAUUCGAAUUGCCGAUGGUUUCGAAUUGGCCGCUCGUUGUGCUAUUAAACAUCUCACGAGCAUCUCCGAAGGAUUCCCCGUUAAUCCCAAUGACUUGGAGCCACUAAUCAAAACUGCCAUGACGACACUUGGAUCAAAAAUCAUAAACAAGAUGCACAGGGAAAUGGCACAAAUCGCUGUGAAUGCAGUCAUGGCUGUUGCUGAUUUAGAGAAAAGAGACGUGAACUUUGAACUCAUCAAAGUUGAGGGAAAAGUUGGCGGUCGCCUGGAGGACACCGUGCUGGUUCGCGGAGUCGUUAUCGACAAAGAUUUCAGUCAUCCUCAAAUGCCGAAGAGGCUGGACAAUGUGAAACUGGCAAUUUUGACAUGUCCGUUCGAGCCACCGAAGCCGAAGACAAAGCAUAAGCUCGACGUUACGUCUGUCGAGGACUACAGGGCACUUCGUAAUUACGAGAAGGAAAAGUUCGAGGAAAUCGUCAAUAAAGUCAAAGAAGCAGGAGCAACGCUCGCAAUUUGUCAAUGGGGUUUUGAUGACGAAGCAAAUCAUCUUCUUCUUCAGAAAAAAUUGCCCGCUGUCAGAUGGGUCGGAGGCCCUGAAAUCGAGUUGAUUGCCAUUGCAACCGGAGGUCGAAUCGUUCCACGAUUUGAAGAAUUAACACCGGAGAAACUUGGUUUUGCUGGAGUUGUGAGACAAUUGUCGUUUGGUACCACCAAGGAUAAAAUGCUUGUUAUUGAAGACUGCAAAAAUUCCGGGGCUGUUACAAUUUUCAUUCGAGGUGGUAAUAAAAUGAUCAUUGAAGAAGCGAAGCGUUCAUUGCACGACGCUUUGUGUGCAGUACGUAAUUUGGUAACGGACGAGAGAAUUGUUUAUGGAGGUGGUGCGUCUGAAAUCUCUUGUGCUUUGGCCUGCGCUGCGGCCGCUGACAAAAUUAGCACCUUAGAACAAUAUGCAUUCCGUGCAUUUUCCGAAGCACUCGAAGCAAUUCCCAUGUCGCUCGCCGAGAAUUCUGGAAUGUCUCCAGUCAAUUCUCUCGCCGAAAUCAAGGCACGACAAAUUUCCGAAAAUAAUCCAGCACUUGGUAUCGAUUGCAUGAAUCGAGGAACUUCAGACAUGAAAGUACAAAACGUUAUUGAAUCGUUGAAGAGUAAGACUCAGCAAAUUCUCCUGGCAACACAAAUGGUGAAAAUGAUCCUGAAAAUUGAUGAUAUUCGUUCCUCGAAUGAAGCCAACGACAUGCAGUAAACAAAUAAUUUUUCUACGCACGAACAAAUUAUCGGUAAAAUAUUAACAUUACGCUUCGUAAUUGCUUAAUUUGUGUUUUACAUACUUUUUUUUUGUUUUGUUACAUUAAAACAGAUUUUUUUUUCAAACCUCAUGUCUUUGACGUAUUUUAUCACUUUGUCAUAAUUUCAUUGUCUCACUUUUAUGGCAGUUAUAAAACGAAUAUCUAUAUAAAAGAACCGUUUAGAAAGUAAACUCAUUUAAUUUAUUCAAUUUUCACCAUAUAUUUUUUUUUUUUUUUUAAUACAAAAAAAGAACAGAGAAAUAAAAUUUUUCACCGUCGAUAAUAUUUUUUAAUUAUAAUAAUAACGACGAUAAAGUUUAUGCUGCUUAUGUAUUCAAGUUUUGAAAUAAAUAAUUUUUAUGUAAAUUA